CCGUCCCCAUCCCCGCACCCGUUCCCGCGAUGCUGCGGCUGCUGCUGCUCUGCGGGGCCCUGGGCUGCGGGGCGGAGCAGGCGGCCCCGCUCACCUUCACCAUGGUGCACCACACCCGCGUCUUCGAAGGCAAUUCCCUCUUCUGGGGGAACGCCAGCCUGGACGGGCGGCUCAGCCACGUGCUGGAGGGGCACAGUGUCACCCAGGUGCUGCCGCUGGAGCCGCCCGACGCCUGGGCCCGGCGGCAGAAGGACGUGACCACCUACCUCAGCAACUUCAGCAACCUGGUGAAGCUCUUCAACAAGGAGAGACCCAUGGACUACACCCAGAGGCUCUGCUGCCACCUCGGCUGCCGCCUCUUCCCCAACGGCACAUCCCAGAGCUUCUACGAGGUGACCCUCAACGGGACGGCCUUCCUGAGCUUCCAUGUCCCCAACGCCACCUGGCAGCGGCGCUGGCCCGGCCAGCACCUGGUGGCCACCUUUGCCAAGACGGAGCUGAUGAAGUACCCCAUAACCACGCAGCACCUGCAGCACUUCCUCAACACCACCUGUGUCAGCAUCCUGCGGGCUCAGAGCGCCGCGACAGGAAAACUCAGCGGGCGGUCACGCGCUCCGCUGGUGCUGGGGCUGAUCCUGGGGACCCUCUGCUUGCUGGGCAUGGCCGUGGGGAUCUUCUGGUGCACGGGAGGGAGCUGCUAACGGAGCUGGCAGCUGUCCUGCAUCACCCCAUGGACACAGAGGAUGGACCCAUCAUCUCCCUGUGGAUCCAUCUCUCCCUGUGGAGGCAGAGAAUGGACCCAUCACCUCCCCAUGGAUCCAUCAUCACCCUGUGGAGGCAGGGGACAGACCCAUCACCUCCCCAUGGACAUGGCAAGGGAUGGAUCCAUCAUCUUCCCAUGGAUCCAGCAUCUCCCCAUGGAUCCAUCAUCACCCUGGGGAGGCAGGGGCUGGAUCCAUCAUCACUCCGUGAAUAAGUUGACCAAGCUGCUCCCUCACAAGGGAUGCACGUCCCCAGUGCCACGGGCUUUGCUCCCAAGGGGCACCAAUGGCUUCCCUGCCCUGUCCCAGCUGGACUGACCCCCCCAGCAGCCCUUGCCCUGGGGAUGCUCCCCACGCUGGGCUGGCACAAUGUACUGAGACUCCACAGAAACACGCUUGGCACGGAUGGAAAAAUGGGGAAGAGGGGGGUGGUGGGAAAACCAGCAGGAGAAACAGCAAGGAAUGGUUAAAAGGAUGGAGUUAAACCCUCAUCUAUCCCUGUUCCAGAGGGGUGGAGGGAGGAUGUCACACCUUGUGUAAUAAAAGCACCCAUCAGCUCCCACCACA